AUGGCUAGUACAGGAAACGGCGGUUCAACCUCCGCAUUCUCUUUUGGAGCCAAUUCAAAUACCAACUCCAGCUCUGGUGGCUUGUUCAACAACAACAACAGCGGCAACAACGCCAGUGGUGGUUUGAACUUCGGAGCCAAUUCAAACACAAACACUAGCUCUAGUGGUUUGUUCGGCAACAGCAACAAUGCAGGCAACAACGCAGGCAACAACGCCAGUGGCGGCUUGACCUUCGGAGCCAACUCAGCAUCCACUGGAGCGGCCAACAACUCCCAGGGCUCUGGUCUCUUUGGCAACUCUGGAGGGUCGGCACCUGCCAACUUCAACUUCGGAGCAGGCUCUUCUCAAGCAGCCCCAGCAUCCGGAGCCAGCAGUGGGGCAGCUUCGACUCAAGCAGCCAAGCCAGCCUCUGGCGGUCUUUUUGGCUCUAACAGUACCACUGCACAACCAUCCGGUAAUCUCUUUGGUGGUAACAACACCAGUAGCUCUGGAGGGUUGUUUGGAGGCCUGCAACAAGCUUCAGCAUCAAAUUCGGGUACUUCAACUCCUUUUGGACAACCAAAGCCUUCAGAAAGCUCUGCUACUUCCAACGCUCCUUCUACAGGUGGCUUGUUUGGCUCCCUGAAUACAGGCGCAGCAAGCAAACCAGCUGCCUCUGGAAACAAUACCAGUGCACCAUCUGGUGGUUUAUUUGGUGGAGCCAGUAAAGAGGCCACUCCUUCCUCUGGUGGAUUAUUCGGAGCCAAGAAGGACAAUGCUCCAGCUGCUGGUGGAUUAUUCGGAGCAGCCAGCAAAGAAUCCACCCCAGCUGCCGGUGGAUUAUUCGGCUCAAAGCCAGACGAUAAGAAGGAUGACAAGCCAGCUGGUGGAUUAUUCGGGGCCAGUAAUGCUAGCGCCCCUGCUGCUGGUGGUUUAUUUGGUGCUAAAAAGGAUGACAAGCCUGCUGGUGGUUUAUUCGGGGCCAGUAAUACUAGCGCCCCAGCUACCGGUGGAUUAUUUGGCUCAAAGCCAGAAGAGAAGAAGGACGACAAGCCAGCUGGUGGAUUAUUCGGAGCCACUGGUGGAUUAUUCGGAGCCAGUAAUGCUAGCGCCCCUGCUGCUGGUGGUUUAUUUGGUGCUAAAAAGGAUGACAAACCAGCCGGUGGUUUAUUCGGAGCCAAUAAUGAUAAGGCCCCAGCUGCGGGUGGUUUAUUUGGUGCUAAGAAGGACGAUAAACCGGCUAGUGGACUCUCUUUUGGCGCUAACAUAGGAGACAAGAAAGACGAUAAGUCGACAACUGGAGGUAUUACGUUUGGUGCAAAGAAGGACGAUGCUCCAGCAACUGGUGGAUUAUUCGGUGCUAAGAAAGAUGAUAAACCAGCUGGAUUUUCUCUUGGUGCAAAGACUGAUGAAAAGAAGGAUACCAAUGCUGCUUUUAGUUUCGGUGCAAAGACCGAAGAGAAGAAAGAUGACAAGCCAAGUGGUGGCUUUAGCCUUGGAGCCAAGCCUGAGGAAAAGAAGGAUGGUUCCAAGGACGACAGCGUCACUACUAAAGCUACUACAACGGUACAACCUAACUUGAAGCCUACUCAAAUCGAACCAAAGAGUGUUUCAAUUGACAACAAGACAUUGGAUGAUCUUGUAAUGAAAUGGUCCAAACAAUUGACCACUACAAGCAAGGUGUUUGGAGGUUACACCAACAAAGUUAACGAAUGGGACCAACAGCUUGGGAAGAGUGGAGACGAGAUUUUAAAAUUGAACCAAGACACACUCGAAGCCGAAGCAUUGCAGUCACGAAUUGAUCAACACUUGGUGUUUGUUGAAAGUCAACAAGAAGAGUUGGAGCAAUUGUUGGAUAAUUACGAGCAACAAGCUGACAUUCUUCUUAACAACAUUGAACUUUCGAACAAGAGCAUAACUUCCGGGGACGGAAGCAACGAUACCAGUGGAGGCUCGGUUGCAAACAACACUUUGAGUGUAACCGACAAAUUACGUGAGAAGGCCUACCAUAAUGCCGAAUUAUUGGACGAGAGAUUGGACACCUUGGGAGAUAAUUUGAGUACCUUGAUCAGUGAGAUCAAUUCCGUGAGCAAUGUAUUUAACAAGAACCUUAUCAACGAUUUUGCACAAGGAGACGCUUCCGAUGGCAAGGAUUCCAAGGACAAGCCCACCGAGAACCCCGUGGAGGAAAUCCUCAAGUUAUUGAACUUGCACUUGGAAAACUUGAAGUACAUCGAAAACUCCGAAGAGAAGUUGAAGCAGAAGUUGGCUGCUAUCAAAAAAUAA